UCUGAGUUUUCUUCCUGCCCCGACUUUUUAUAAACCAAGUCAGUUGACACCAACAUCACCAUUAUUAUUAAUGGAAAACAAAAUUUCUUUGAUUGCUUUUCUAUGCUCCACCCCAUAGUUGUGUUUUUUAUGGUGGUGGAUACUAGGUUAGAUUUACAGUGGCGACAUUGAUUGUCGUUGCUAAUAAUACCGAAAGCGGUAGGCUGCCAUGCAAGGUGGGGGGACUCCUCCGACAAGGAAGGUAAUGGUGAUAGCAGAGCCAACCCGAGAGUCAGCGAUCGCAUUACAAUACACUCUAUCACAUGCAAUAUUUGAGCAAGAUGAAUUGAUUCUCCUCCACGUUGGGAAGUACCCAAGCUCGCGGCCAAAUGCAUUCUCUACAUUCAUGAGGAGGCCUAAGGUAGGCUCCUCUUCCGCCAUUGCAUUCUCAGAUGUAGGUGGAGGGAACGUGGAUUUUCUCGAAGAAAUGAAGCAUGCAUGCAAGAUUGCUCAGCCGAAACUUCUUGUUAGUGUAAAGAGGGUGGAAAUAGAGGGCAAAAAUAAGGCGAGGGUUAUUCUUUUCCAAAGCAAGAUGCUCAACAUCGAUCUCAUAUUUGUAGGGCAGCGUCGGAGUCUCUCUUCAUCAAUUUUAGGAUGUAGGCGGCCUGGAGGGUCUAUGAGAGCAGCAAAAGUGGUAGACACAGCAGAGUAUUUGAUUGAGAAUAGCAACUGCAACUGUGUUGGAGUUCAGAAAAAGGGCCAAAAUGCAGGCUAUCUUCUCAAUACAAAAACCCACAAGAAUUUUUGGCUCUUGGCAUAAGGCACUCAAAACCUCUGGAUCUCCCAGAGUCGCUCAUC